CCAUGUGGACUCUCCGGGCAUAAAAAUUAAACAGCAGUCCUCGGGAUCCUCUGAGAUGCAAAUAUUCGGUUGCCUGUUGUUGAAAUAUCCCGUAUUCAAGCGAGCAGCCCGGACGUUUUCUUGUUUGGAGAACUUCGAUUACGCCAAUCUUUGAUCAUGGUUAAUAUGAAAUUAUCUCUACGCUGCCAGAUUGGACUGGACUUCUUUGAGUUCUUGAAGGAGACUGAUCGAGCAUCCAUCACAGACAGAAUUGAACUUAGGGACAUUUACAAUGCUGAGUUCAGGAGCAGGAAUGCAGUUACCAAAGAUCCAAACUUCGGUUCAGUCCUCUAUGCCCUUAAAGUGUGCAACAAAAUAACAAGACGAAGAGACAAUAUACGCUUCAACUCCACGGUCACCGCUCUUUUUCUGGACCAGUGGCAUUCACCCAGACACCAUCAGCGCGAGCCUGUCCAGAAUGGAGCGGCCAGUCCCGGGACAGUACAGACCUUCACCUCUGGAGAUGAAGCAGAGACGGGAGUUCGAGCCCGGAGAAAACUGGCCAGUCUUCUGAUGAACAAACUGAAGACAGACAGGGCUCAUUUCAUCUCUGACAAACAUGGUGUCUGCAUCAACUCCGACCAUCAGUUUGAGAACGGGAAACUUUGCUUACGUGUGGAUGAGUGUGAGUGCGUGGUGAAUCUGAAAGUAGAAAACACUGGAGCAAAGCCUGUGUAUUUUACCCACUACACCCCACUGCACUGGCUCAGGUACUUCACUCUGAGGGAUGAGCGCAAAGUGACCAAGACAAGCCCUAUGUGUCUACAACCAGGUGACAGCUAUAACAUCCAGGUUCACUUCUGCUGCAGUCUGGUUGGUUUCUAUCCAGCUACACUGGCCUUUGAAUUCAAACCAGACCUGCAGCCCUCCUCAGCUGCGUUCCACAUUGUACGCUUCAUUGAGGCUCAGUGUAUAACUGCCUUAGGACUGGAGCUGGCACCUAUAGCCCCAUACAAACCUCGUUCCCUCCCUGCCUGGACCCCUGAAGUUGAUUACAAGAUUGUGGAUGGACAGCCGCCUGAAGGCCUGUCAGUGCUGCAGCUAAAAAACGUGGUCGAGCUAAAAACGUAUCGAAUACCAGCAUAUAUGAACCAGCUCAUCAAGUCACUGAAGCAGUUAACUUUCUUCUGUGAUACAAGAACGGCCUUGCUGGAAAGUCCCCUGAGCUGGGAGAACUACACCGAGAAGUUUCAGCUGCUGCUGUAUCUGGAGGAGCAACAGAUGGAGGUGGACAUCAAGAGAUACAACAUCCCCAACAGUGAAAGAAAAGAGGCCGUCAUGAAAAGAGACACGGUCAACAAGAAACUUCUCAUUCUGGAGGUACCCGGUGUGUCUGAGAACCGCCCGUCUGUGCUACGAGGGGAUGUGCUGCUGGCCUAUCCUGCAGGAGAAACAGGGGUGAAGUACCGCGGCUAUGUCCACAGUGUGCAGAUGGACAGCGUCAAACUCGGCUUUGGUUCAGCAUUGCUGGAUCGCUUUGUAGAUGGCAUGAAGUUUAAUGUUGAGUUCACUGUCAACCGCCUGACUCUGCGUGUUCAGCACAGAGCAGCAGAGCUGGCAGCUACCUACAGACUCGGAGAGGUGUUGUUCCCUGCAGCACCUGCCUUCCCCUCUCAGCAAACUGAGCUCCCCAACCUCAGGCUGUUUGACUAUAAGCUGGAGAAAAACCCAGAGCAGUAUCGGGCUGUUCAACACAUUGUGGCUGGCUCAUCCAAACCGGCCCCAUACCUGGUGUUUGGCCCACCUGGAACAGGCAAAACUGUGACUCUGGUGGAGGCCAUCAAACAGAUCGAAAAGACCCAGGCCUCCUGCCACAUCCUGGCCUGCGCUCCAUCCAACAGCGCUGCUGAUCUGCUCUGCAGGAAGAUUCUGGACCACGUGGAUGAGCAUAAAGUGUUCCGCAUGUACGCCAGCAGCCGGGACCCAAAUUGUGUCCCCGAACGACUAAAGGCAUGCUCCAACCUGGUAGGCGAGUGUUACGUUUUUCCCGCUAAAGAGAAGCUGAUGGAGUAUACGAUCAUUGUCACCACCCUUUUAACCGCGGGAAGGCUCGUCACAGGAAACAUCCCUGCGGGUCAUUUCACGCACGUGUUUGUGGACGAGGCAGGACACGCGGUGGAGACAGAAUGUUUAGUCCCGUUGGCAGGGCUGCUCCAGGCAGAGUCUGGUCAGGUUGUUCUGGCUGGAGACCCCAAGCAGCUCGGACCUAUUCUCAGAUCCCCUUUUGCGCUGAAUUACGGCAUGGGAGUGUCCCUCUUGGAGCGCAUGAUGAAAGAUUUCUCUCUGUACCAGAAACACGAGGGCGUGUUCAACAAUCACUAUGUCACCAAACUGCUGCACAACUACAGGUCCCAUCCUGCCAUUCUGAAGAUUCCCAACGAGCUCUUCUAUGACGAAGAGCUGUUGGUUAGCGCGGAUGAAAUUUUACGCAACUCCUACUGUAGAUGGGAACACCUCCCAAAGAAGGACUUCCCGUUAAUCUUCCAUGGCGUGACUGGUGUUGACGAACGCGAGGCCAGCAGUCCUUCGUUCUUCAACGUAGCAGAGGUGGAGGUGCUGAUGGAGUAUGUGAAGAAACUGCUGCAGACACAUGGCAAGAAGGGCCUGGCCACCAUCUCACCCAGAGACAUAGGCAUUAUCGCCCCCUACAGGAAACAGGUGCAGAAAAUCCGUAAGGCCCUGGAAAAGGUUGGGAAAGACUUCAAAUUUAAGGACAUGAACGCCCUCAAGGUCGGUUCAGUGGAGGAGUUCCAAGGUCAGGAGAGAAGAGUGAUCAUGGUGUCUACAGUUCGAAGCAGCCCCAACUACGCAGAGGUGGACAAACAGUUCAAUCUCGGCUUUGUCAAGAAUGAGAAGAGGUUCAACGUGGCUGUGACUCGAGCACAAGCCCUGCUGAUUGUGGUGGGAAACCCCAGAGUGCUGAACAAAGAUCCUACCUGGGCUCGGUUCAUCCAGUACUGUCAAGAUGAAGGAGGCUACACUGGUUUUGUCCAAGCAGAAGAAGACGAGGACGUGGUGAUGAGACUCGCUGCCCUCUACAUCGACAUUGAGGCUCAAGUUGAAACCGCAGAGAGUGUCGUUCAACAGCACCUGGACCCCGAGUGGAGGAACGACUUGUGAGGGAGAAGGACAGCCCAGACAUCCAACCUGAGCACUUGUAGCGGUUCAUUAAAUUCAUUUCAUAGUUUGUUAUAUUUCUUUAACAGAUUUAUAGAAAGGUUUCUGCAUUUGUACUCAAAUUCUCCGAUGUGGCCUUAAUAGCACCUUUUCACAUCAUAUGUGAACGACACCUAUUCACAAGACAAAAACAACAUUCCAAAAUAUCUCUGUAAUGUCCUCAAUGUGAGCUAAAUGAACUUAACCAAAGAGCACAGAGGACAUGGGGCUGAUUCAUGUUGAGAAGAUUGUCUUCAGCUACCUCAGUGGACUGCGCUGACACUGCUUUCAGUUUCACUUGAAUCUGCUGCAAAUGCUCAUUUUACCCAUCUAAAAUGACUUAGAUUACUUAAAAUGUAUUUAUAUUGUAGUGAGUUUUACAAACCAAAAAUGUGAGUCCCAGGUUUGUUAUUUAACUGUCAGUUAUGUUACUGUCAGUUCGACUUUGCUCAAUCAUCACUGCUCUUUUAAAAUGGCUUUGUUUUAUGAUUUGUUGAUUCAUUGAACCAACUGCAGGAUCUGUCCAUGUGUGAAAUGUCCAAUCAAUUUUUAAAUCACAUUUAUACAUUACACUUUAUUGAUAUGAACCAAAUUAAAGAUUUGUAUGGUCUAUUUUGAA